CCAUUACGAUUACCAAACAAGGGCAGAGAUGCCACUUCAAGAACCACAAAAUUUAGAAACUCUGACUCCAACUCCCAAAAAUAGAAGGGUAUUGCUGUCCAAGUCUGAAUACCCAAAUUAAAUUUCUUAAACCCUACCUGUCCCCACAGGGCUAUAAAAGCCAAACCAACCUUCAAUACCAACUACCUUCCUUUCCCUCCCUAUUAAGCCACCUCCUUAGCUUGUACCCUGCAAACUUGCUUCCUCUUGUAUUGUAACUUGUAAGCAAUGGAGCUCCCAAACCAAAACUUCCAGUUUUACCAAUAUGUCUUCCCCUCUCAUCUUGUUUAUCCAUAUCACUUGACCCCAGAAAACUAUGUGCACUGGACUGAAACCCCAGAGUGUCACAUUUUCUCAGCUGACCUCCCUGGUGUGAGGAAGGAGGAGAUAAAAGUAGAAGUGGAGGAGUCAAUAUACCUGAUAAUCAGAACACAGAGACUUGAUGGUGAUGGUGAUGAGGAGUCCACAGAGGCUAGGAGGACCUUCACGAGGAAGUUUCGGCUUCCGGGUAUGGUCGAUAUCGAAAGAAUCUCAGCUGCAUAUGAAGAUGGUGUGUUGACAAUCACAGUGCCAAGGUCAUUGAGGAGGAGUUUCUUUAUUGAACCAGCUGACAUGCCUGAAAGGCUUGAUGUUCUUGCAAGAGCUGCUUGAUUUUCAAGCUCCAAGAGUUCAAACAUUGCAGUUUUUAUCAUAAUUAAUUAGGUGCUAAGAUUUAGUUGUUGGAUUCCACAAUUUUAUAUACAAACUUUCGAAGACUACUUUUCUCAAAACUGCUUUCAAUUCUCUCUCUCUCGAAUUUAAAUAUCUCUGAAAUAUCCCUUAAAAGUUCAAGACUAUAAUACACGUAUCGUCAUUUUCAUUCACAUCUAACCACAUUUAAGUUUUAAAGAAGAGAAAAGGGUCAAAAGGAGGGGAACGCGCCUCACGCGCGAGAAAGAAGAGAAAAGGGUGAGUGCGAUCUCUCCCGGCCGAACGCCGGCGGUGCCCUUGCCGCUGCGUUCCGGCCCGGGAGAGGAUGUUGGUUUGGGAGUACAGCGAGUCUUAUGAGCGGAAGGGUGGUCCACGGUGGGAGAAAGCUGGUCCGAUCUGGUUUUGGGAGGAUCCAUGUCGACCUGUCCCUUCCGGAUCUUGGUCGUGGGUCUGCAGGAGGGGUACCGUGGUGUCUCUGGAGCAGUUGGUGUGGCUCUGGGACGCGGAUGGCCGGUGGCGUGGUUCCGCGGUGUCUCUGGAGCAGUUGGUGUGGCUCUGGGCCGUGGAUGGCCGGUGGCGUGGUACCGUGGUGUCUCUGGAGCAGUUGGUGUGGCUCUGGGAUGCGGAUUGCCGGCGGCGUGGUUCCGUGGUGUCUCUGAAGCAGUUGGUGUGGCUCUGGGACGCGGGUGGCCGACGGCGGUUCGUGGUGGUCCUGCGACAUAUGCGGGCUGGGGGGCGGCGGCUGAGAUCUCGAUCUCAGGGCGGUGUUGAGUCCGGCGUGGGCACAUCUCGUUUCUGGAUCUGGUUUCGGGAGCUGAUCUGGUUGAUGAGUGGUCUGCGUGUCGUGGUGGUGCGGCGGUGCAGGGUUGAUGCGCGGCGGCGGGGUGCUCCUCGGGGACGGUCUGGUGCCGGCAGAUGGCACUCGAUGCUUGCUUGGUGGGCUUCUGCGUUGGGCCCUUGGGAGAGAUGGUGGAUGGGCCGGGCUUCCGCUUUUGGGCUUUGCUGCUGUUUUUUAAUUUCUGUUUGUUUUGUUUCCAGUUGUUGCUUUGUUUAUUUAGUUGUUUGCAGUUUGUGGGUUGUUUUGCGCUUUUUGCGCGUAAUAAGUCCCUAUACUCGUUGUGUAGGGAUAGUUGGGCUUUUUGCCCGUGGGUGCACUCUUGGUGCCUUGUCUGCUCUAGGUAGGCGGCGAUUUACUUGCGUUGUCAAAUGGUUGCUGCCUCCUAGUGGCAGGGUGAGACUUCAUGCCACUGGAUGUAGAUUCCAGUGGCAACAUGAUAGGAAAGCUGGAAGAAGUGACAUUAUGCUUUGCUGUAUUAGAGUUACAGAUCAAGUAAUCUUUCCGUCGUGUCACCGCUUAGAAGCAAAUAGAACCGUCUGGAGCGUGUUCUUUGCUAGUUGGUGUGGAUUGGAAUACAAGUGUUUAGUAGAGUCGUCUAUUGACUUCUUUUCUGGAUGUACUCUUGAUGCAGAUCAAUAUGGGGUUUAGGCUCUUUGUCCCCCCCUUGUAUUCGUCGGUUUCAUUUAUGAAGGCCUGAGGGCAGCCACACCGG